AUGUUGCUCAACUAUGGAAGUGAAGCUUUGAUCAGUGCUUUUCUUGUCCUCUUUAGAGCUAAAGGCGAAACCGCUGAAGAGAUGGCCGGAUUUGCAAGAGCGAUGAUGAGGCGGUGUGAGAAGCAAGGUACCGGAUCCAUUUAUUCUUCCGGUUGGGGAAGUGCUGAUGGUUUGGAAGCUUUAGGAGUUGCGACUGACUUGCCAGCAGAGGGAGUGAAAGAGUGCGUGGAACCAGUAGGAAUUGGACACCUGAUGUCUCAUACGUAUCAUCCUGCGAUGAAGAUCCUGGAACCUGUGAGGAAAAAACUCAAAAUCAGGACAAUAUUUGAUACUCUAGCUCCAUUGCUGAAUCCUGCACAAAUAUCUUUCGCGGUUGUUAGUGUGCGCAAAGAAGACAUGGAUAUAACUAGUAAGCUUCGUGCUAAAUAUCGACCUAAUCAACUCGCUGACUUUGAAAAGGUGAAAAAGAUGGAAAGUGCACUGCAAAAAAAUGGCAUCAGAAGAGCAUUAGUUUUCCGCUCUGAUCAGGGCUUCGACGAAAUCAGCCCUCUUGGACCAGCACAGGUUUUGGAUGUUACACCUGAAAAGAUCGAUCAAUUCUCUUUCGAUCCAUUGGAUUUUGGAAUACCUCACUAUCCAAUCGAAAAAUUGAGAGGGGGCACUCCAAAUCAUAAUGCUGCAGUACUGAAGAGAAUGCUAUCCGGUUAUCGGGGUCCAACUGCAGAUGCGUUUGUGAUCGAUCUACCUUUUCUUUGCGUCUUAAAUUCGGCAGCAGCGUUGUUUGUAUGUGGCCGAGUUAGUAGCCUUGCUGAUGGUGUAGCUUUAGCCCGGAGAACACUUGAAUCUGGGGAAGUUUUAAACAUCCUAAAUCGAUGGAGAGACGUCUCUAAUCUCGUUCAAUUGCUGCAGAUGAUCAAAGAAAUAAAUGUAUUGAUUGAUAAGCUAAACAAUGGAAACUAA